CCUCACAGCAGCUGGAACACUCCAUUUCUCUGUGGAGUUCAUUUUUAAUCUACAAUUUUUAUUUUUAUUUUUAUUACUUUUAAUUUAUAACCAAUGAAUCUGCAUUUCUUCUUCUGGGAAAAAUGUUUUGUCUCGUGGGAUGAGUGUGUAGGAGGAAAAAGAAGAUUGGAGAAAGUGUGCACUCUUCAGCACUGUUAAACUUGUGCAAAAGGCCACACACACACACACACACACACACACACACACACACACACACACACACACACACACACACACACACACACACACACACACACUCAUAUACAGACAGACCCAGGAGUUUAGGAUCAUCAUCAUCAUCAUCAUCAUCAUCACUUAUCUCCAUCCCUCACUCUUGCCAUGCGCUCUCAGUACCAGCUCGCGCUCUUCUUCAUCCUGCUCUGCCCAGUCAACAUCAUCGGCAUGUGGUGGGCAGUGGGCAGUCCCCUUGUCAUGGAUCCUAACAGUAUCUGCAGGAAGACGAAGCGUUUGGGCAGUAAACAGGCUGAUCUGUGUCAGAACCAUCCAGAAAUCGUGACUGAGGUGGUGAAAGGAGCGAAGCUCGGCGUGAGAGAGUGUCAGUACCAGUUCCGUUUCAGACGCUGGAACUGCACCAGCCACAACAAAUACUUUGGAAAAAUCCUUCAACAGGAUAUCCGGGAGACUGCAUUCGUCUAUGCCAUCACAGCAGCUGGAGUGACUCAUGCAGUAACUCAGGCCUGCAGCAUGGGGGAGCUACUGCAGUGUGGCUGUGAGGCCCCGCCCCCUCGCCAAGCUGAAGCUCCACCCGUUAUCGAUGGGGCUUGGGACGGGGGCGGGGCCUGGGAGUGGGGGGGUUGUGGAGAUGACGUGGAGUUUGGCUAUGAGAAAUCCAAACAGUUUAUGGAUGCCAAGCGCAAGAAGGGCAAGAGUGACAUCCGCACUCUCAUCGACCUGCACAACAAUGAGGCCGGACGCCUGGCAGUGAAGAAUUACAUGAGGACUGAAUGCAAAUGUCAUGGGCUGUCAGGUUCCUGCACACUGCGCACCUGCUGGAAGAAGUUGCCUCGGUUCCGGGAAGUGGGCAACCGUCUUUUAGAGCGCUUCAACGGUGCAUCAAAGGUUAUGGGAAGCAAUGAUGGAAAGACACUGAUCCCUGUUGGCCAGAACAUAAAAGCUCCAGAUAAACAGGAUCUGAUCUAUUCUGCUGAGUCACCUGACUUUUGUCUUCCAAACAGAAAGACAGGUUCCCCAGGGACCAAGGGGAGGACCUGCAACAGCACAGCAUUGGACGUGAGUGGCUGUGACCUGCUGUGCUGUGAGAGAGGAUAUAGAGAUGAAGUUGUCAUUCUGGAGGAGAACUGCCUGUGUCAGUUCCACUGGUGUUGUGUUGUCCAGUGUAAAAAGUGUUCAGUUCGCAAGGAACUCAGCCUCUGUCACUAAGUCCUUACCUGGUGGAACCUACACCUACAUUGUUCUUUUGAUGAUUGCAGUCCCAAAUCACCUGGCUUGACUGCUUGGAGACCGGAUCACUGACUCCAGAACGCUGACAUCAUCUGUGUACUCUCCUGAUGGAGUUCCAGAUUAAUGCCUCAACACUUUUAGACUCUAGAACAUGAUUCCUGAACAUGAUUUUUUUUUCUAGGUCUAGAAAAAAACAUUCUCUUUCAUGGAGUCUAGAACAUUGAGGAUUCGGUAUGCUGUAAUAAUAGAGUUCCCUUUUACUAACUGAUCGAUUAGAGAAUAUAGAAGGUAUCUAGGCCGGCUUGAGGCAGAGCAACAAUCGUACCAAACACUUCUGCUUACGUUCUAGGUUCUAGACUUUUCAUUUCAUUUGGCAAAAUGUGUUCUAAUGGAGCUUUUCUAAAAAUGUUUCUUUUAACAAAAAUCUUAACUGUGGACUGUCGACGUUCCAAGUCAUCGAUUUGAGCCGGUGAAAUAUCUGUACUGCUUCGGUUAAAGAACUCCUAGGAUCAAGAUUACUAACUUGAUGUUUCACAGCACAGUUCAUCGCAGAAUGACCUGAAACGCACACUGUUCUGAAGACGUCCUAGAGUAUCGGGUCACCUAAAGGAGAUUCAAUAAGAGUGCCUCAGUAAAUGCUUAUCAUCAUAGAAUGUGACUUCUGCAGAGCGAUGACCAAAGAUGGACUCUUCACUUGAAGUUCUAAAUAACUCUGAAAUGCCUCCUGUUUUUGCGUUUUAAAACCUGGACUCAGCCGAUGGAGCUGACGGGCAAUAAAAAUAUGCAUUCAUUCCUUCAAUCAUGUUCAAAUGGAGUAAAAAACAAACAUCGAGACAUCGGGGAGAAAAUGUUCGGCGUGGCCUUGAACUUCUAUUUAUACACAAUAACAUGAUGACUACUAACAGAAUGAUAUGACUCUGGAAUAUUCUGUCCAAAGCACUUUGAAUAUGAGAACAAUGCACAUUGUACUCUAGCGUUUAAUCUCUCUUUCUUGUUGUUGUUUAAAGCAGCAAUAUGUACACACCCCUUUAUUUUAAUUGUUUUUUAUUACUAUUAUAUUCUUCAGUUAUUUAAUACAUAGAGCUUUUAUUAUGCACCUUCUUUGAUGAUCGAUCUUAGGUUACGUUCGUGUCCCGUUAACAAAUCUGACACUGCUCACAUUCAUAUCUAUGCUUUUACUUUAAAUAGAAGAACACUGAGGUGUAAAAGUUGCGGUUUGAUUUCCAGAGCCUCGACGUAGCUCCUGUUUAAAGUCAUAAAUAUCAAAGCUAUGUGGAUGCUGCGUGCAAAAUAAUUUAUGUUUAUAUUACCAGGGUGACGUGACACAGAUCUAUAUAUUUUCUUCGAUAUCAUUGAACACCUGAUGAUUCUUUUCAGGAUCGUGUGGAUGUAAAUACUGUAUGUGACCUAUCGAAUCACAGCUGAGCCACUUUUCUGUGUGGUGUUAGAUUAGGUACACAUACGGUCAUGAGACAUGAAUAAGAACAGAUCGGGAUUCAUGUGGCCUUUUCCCAUGUGGCCUUUUCCCAUGUGGCCUUUUCCCAUGUGGCCUUUUCCCAUGUGGCCUUUUCCCAUGUGGCCUUUUCCCAUGUGGCCUUUGUGACUUGUGACUUUUUAGAUUGUACACAAUGGCUUCUUCGAAUCUGCCGGUGUUAUCCUAAGGCACAGGUUUUCAUUGAGCAAGGUGGGUACAAGCAAUGGUUGGAGGUGUAGGGGGGCUGGUCCUAUAGGUUCAUGUAGAUACUUAUUUAAAAAUAAAAAAGCCAUGGGUAACCUUACCAGUAAAAAAAUUGCUGCAUUAUAAUGUAAUACCAUACAAUGUUUAGCCAACAUACUGUAUAAACUAGCAUCGUAGAGAUAAUUUCUCAAAUGUAAACAGAAAAUUUUUUUUGUUCUUAUUUUAGUUGAGUUGCACUUAAACCAAAAAGCAAAAAAAAAAAAACAUGUUAUAUGUUGUGUGUUGGACUCAAAAAGGUAAGGUGAGGUUUCUGAGAAAGACAGAAACAAGAAAAGGUAAAUAACGGCAGGAUGAAAAAUUACCCAAGCGUGGAGAAUAUGAAACCACUGCUCCAGAAUUUAGUAGAUACUUACUAUCUUCUCAACAAAACAGUCGAAACAUCUAAAUCGUCUAAAUUAGCCGAGUGUUAAAGAUAUAAACGAUCGGAUGACCCGUAAUUUUCUGUUGUUAAACCCUGAUAUUACUCAUUGGACCAAAAACCAGUACACAGAAACUCUCACGCUUCAACUUCCAUUUAACAACAGGGCACAACCGAGCGAGUAGAAACACCUGAUAGUCCAAGAUUUCUAUCACUUGAAAAUUGAUGUCUGAUGUUGUGUUCUAAGUUGUUUAACACAUCUAGACAUCAGGAAGUGACAUCAGGAAGUGACAUCAGGAAGUGACAGCUGAUCUAUCAUCUCAAUUCAAGUUUAUCUGUAUAGCACUUUUUACAAUAGACAUUUGUCUCAAAGCAGCUUUACAGAACAUAAACAUAGAACAGAAGGUAAACAUAAUUAAUGAUAAAGGAA